AACCCUCACCACACACAUGACGCCCCCCAGAACAGCCCUCACCACACACGCGACGCCCCCAGAACAACCCUCACCACACACGCGACGCCCCCCCAGAACAGCCCUCACCACACAUAGGACGCCCCCAGGCUGCAUUCAACAGACAGACAGACAGACCGACAGAUGUGGGAAAGUUAUCAGGCUGUAUCAGACACACAGACAGACAGAUAGACAGACAGACAGAUAGACAGACCGCUGAAUUUAGCGCAUUAUUAGGCUCUAUUAGCCCUGAGUGGCCUCAGGUCUUUAGGAGGGAGUCAGAGCCACGUGGUCAGAGUCACGCUGUAGUCACAUGGUCCGCCACUGCCCCGCUACGCUGGACUUGUCUAACUCCCACACAGCCUGAAGUGGACACUGCGGAGGGUCAGACAGCUCAGGAUGGAGAUUCCAGCCAUAAACCUCAAGGCCAUCGUGUUGGUGCACUGGCUGCUGACUGUCUGGGGCUGCAUGGCCUGGUUGUCUCAUUCUUACGUCUGGGGAAAUUUCAGCGUUUUGGCUGUGGGUGUGUGGGCCAUCGCUCAGAGAGACUCAGUAGAUGCUGUACUAAUGUUCCUGAUCGGGAUGACGCUGACGAUUCUGACGGACAUCAUCCACUUUGGAAUCUACUACCCGGCAAUUGAAAGUUUAGGAGCAAGCGACACGUUCCGCUUCAGCGCGGGGAUGGCCAUCCUCAGCCUCAUACUCAAGCCUCUGUCCUGCUUCUUCGUCUAUCAGAUGUAUCGCGAGAGGGGAGGCGACUACAACAUCAACUUCGGCUUUCCCACAGUGACCCGGAACAGAGACGCCUACCAGUCCAUUGACCAGCAGGACCAGUCCAGCGCCGCCAAACCAUUCAACCAAGCGGAGGACCAAAAGCCUGCAGUGCGUGCAUACUGAAGACCACCUUCACUCAUUGGCCCCUUCUGAGUGACCGCUGUGCUGGUUUAUGGUGUGGUAAAUGGCGGAAGGUGCAGUUUGAGGGGCAGCGAUGAUUCGCAAUUUCGUCAGUUUACAAAGUGAUAUUAUAUGUUUACUCUUAAGCCUUACAGUGCGUUACUGUAUUCAUAUGGGUAGUCAAGCGCGCUGGAUAAUUUCAGUAGAAGGUGAUCAUGCUGGACCUGCAUUGUUAAUUUUAUAUGACAGCAUAUGAAUCAAAGAGUUUUUAUAGAUGUGCCAUACAUUGCACACCGGUCAGACGUAACAUUCUGACCGCCUCCUUGUUUCUGCGCUCACUGUCCACUUUAUCAGCUCCACUGACCGUAUAGCUGCACUCUGUAGUUCUACAGUUACAGACUGUAGUCCAUCUGUUUCUCUGAUAC